GGAGUAACCUUUUCCUCCAUCUCUCCCUCUGUGCAGGUAGUACAGCUGAUGAUGGAGAACUGUCAACCGUGCGUUACAGACCCGAGGGGCUCGACCGUCUUGUCCAGCAGACUAACUUCAACAAGAAGGAGCUGCAGGUCCUUUACCGAGGAUUCAAGAACGAGUGUCCGAGCGGUGUGGUAAAUGAAGAGACCUUUAAAAGCAUCUACUCUCAAUUCUUCCCUCAGGGAGAUUCAAGUAUGUACGCACAUUUCCUGUUUGAAGCCUUUGACACUCACAACAAUGGAGCGGUCAGCUUUGAGGACUUUGUCAUCAGUCUGUCCAUCAUCUUGAGAGGCUCCACCAUUGACAAACUCAACUGGGCUUUUAAUCUGUACGAUCUCAACAAGGACGGCUGCAUCACCAGAGAGGAGAUGACGGACAUCAUGCACUCCAUCUAUGACAUGAUGGGGAGGUAUACGUACCCCAACAUGAGCGACAGCGCCCCCAAGGAUCAUGUGGACAUUUUCUUCCAGAAAAUGGACAGGAACAAAGACGGGGUGGUCACCAUUGACGAGUUCCUGGAGGCGUGCCAAAAGGAUGACAACAUCAUGCAGUCCAUGCACAUGUUUGACAACGUGAUCUAAAGCUGAUUGGACGCAGAUUUCUCGCCUGCCUUGAGCUCCUCUGCAGCUCAUCUUCAGCCCUGCUGACGGAGCGGGUGUCAUCUCUGAGAGUGACGACCUGAGGAUAUAUAUACUUUGUAAACCUCAAACCAGCUUUUAUUAUAUCGGUGAACGGGUUGGGCUGAAGGAAGGAGGUGAAGUCUGGCUCCAAAAUGACUUGACUCAUGUGUAAUUUCUUUUUUUGGAAUGAGUGAAGGUAAUGAAAGGUAGAUUCUUGUAUUUUAAGAUAAUAAUAAUGAUGAAGGCUGUAGAAGCUCAACAUCAAAACACAUCAGUGAACAGAUGAUGAAGAAAACAAGAUUUUCACAUCAGUUGACGGCAGUUUCAACAUCCUGGGACUUCUUCACUGCGAUGACGAUUAUUUCACAUGAAAUGAACAGACACAUGGAACAAAUGGAACAAAGCCCAUAAUGUUGUAAAGUCUCACACACUUUCUAUACUCACAGUUAUACUACAAUAUUGAGUUUUAGCAAUAAUCUAAGUAACAAUUUAUCACGCCUCACGUUUAUUAAGACUGUAUGUUGUAUCUGCAUGAUGUGUCUGUUUUCACUG